AUGAACGCUACGGCGUAUGCCCUGGUAGCACAAGAGAAGCAGUACCCUCUCCAGCUGGGGAAAAAUGUAGUCGGACGCAGCAGUGUCCCCGUGGAGGGCGUCUCCUUCAUCAACUUGGAGUCGCCGUUGGCGGCGAUCAGUCGUAUGCAAGCGUUCCUAGACAUUGGCGCCAACGGUGACGCCUGGCUCAGCGACUGCAACAGCACCAACGGUACUUUCCUGAGCGUACGCCCAGGGCCGGGUAUCCGACUCGAGGCAAAUCGCUACUACCAACUCUCUCCCGGAUGCCGCAUUGUAUUCGGGGACGUCGAGUGCACCUUCGAGACGCUGAGUGGGGCGCCGCCGACACCGGAGCAUCGAGCGCGGCCUCUUACCUCUCCCUCCACCCCCACCCGCAAGACAGAGUCCCUGGGUGUCGUGGAGGCUCUCACUGAUAGCGCGACCAAGACGACCCCGGUAAGGUAUCCGUGGAAGCAUGCCGACGCACACCGGAGUAACAUCCCUUACCUCGACGAGAGUGGCAGCCUUUCACUGAAGCCCGCUGCGUGGGAUGAAACAACAGGCAUGACGAAGCAAGCCCCACGCCGUGAGCGACCAGCACCGACCGCGCCUGCGCAACCAUUGAAGCGGUCAAAGGUAGAGUCUGUAGCAGCCUCCUCUUCUCCCAAGUUGAAGACCACCCCCAGUGCAAAAUCCACGGCAGCUGGACUAGCACGUGCGGCACGGCCACAUGUGUGUCUGACAGGGAUGGACAGCGAUGAGCGGGCGGCCAUUGCAAAGCGAGUGCGUGAGCUCAAGGGCCGUGUUGUGGAGGACAUCACCAAAGCGAACCUCCUCGUCGUAGCCACACCGCCGGUCCGAACCCCAAAGCUCAUUAUUGCCGUUGCGCGAGGCAUUCCGGUAGUGUCGGUGGAGUACAUCUGUAAUGGGAAAACCGAGCUUGACGACGCGCGUCAUCAUAUCGUAGAUCUCAAGACAGAGCAACACACGUACACGGCAGCCGCACUAAAGAAGGUGAUCUAUCGGAAAGAUGCAUGUCCACUUCUGCGGGGUGUUUCGUUCAACAUCGCUGCGCUAUCCACCAAGACGAAGAGUGUGGCAGCGGAGAUCAUCACCUUCUCUGGAGGAGAGGUGGUGCGCGCCAAGAAGGGUGGCGACUUUGUCCUCACAGACGCGCUGCUGGACAGACUCUACGACUCCAUCCUGCGCGGCAAAGUGCCGGACGCGUGGUAG